AUUGUGAGCGUGAGGUUAGGACUGCGAUAUAUGAACAAUAAGUUGUAAUAUUUAUAUGCGUUACAAGAAAACGAUUAUUUAUCUGCAAGUCUCUUUAUCUGCUUAUUCGUCAUUUGGGAAAACAGUAUUGAUGGCAUUUCAAAGAAAGUGAAACGCAAGCGAUGCGAAUAAUUUAAUCCAGUGCUUAUAAUGACGUUUGAAAUGGCAAAGGGGCAGACACUGCAGUAUUCGCUGAGUGAAAACAAAUGAAGACUUUGGACAAUCGAGAUCGAAUUUCCUGAUAAUGCGAGGAACGAGUGUUAAUUAUUUAUUAAUUAUGCCUUAACAGAACGAUUCCAGAAUGUAAAGCACGAUUACUCUUUCUAUUUGGCAAGGCUGAAAAAGUAAACAAAAACAUUGGAGCUCAAGAUGAAAGAAGAAGCUUUGAGUAUGGAUAUCCUGAAGAAGGAAUUGAAAAUUCCUGAAAAAUAUUUGAUAUGGGCAGGGGAGAAAAUCAGUGCCACUGUGCACAAAUCCUGGCUCAUUGGAUUUUUAAAUCUUAAUCCAAUUCAGUUUGUGGUGCAUGAUCAACUCAAUCCGGAUGAAAUAGCUGCUCAACCUUCAUUAGAAGAGCUUGGAGCUGGAUGGUCCAAGGUUUACCUUAAGGUCUACAAAAAGAAGCACAUAAAUGUUUUUACACUGCCAAGAGAAAGAUGUUCAUUAACAAGUUCCAAAAAUGAAACUGAAUUAACUUUUUCUCAAGUGCUACAUUAUGUAGCAAAAACCAAUUAUCAAAAUCUUUGGAAAGAUUUCUACAAGAGAUACUAUGCUCCAUGGACUACAUUGGAUCACAGAGAACAAACAAAUAUAAUUGGAUGUACUACUGAUGUGGAAUUGAUGAAAGAAAUAAUCACUCGCAUGUACAAUUGUACUAUAGUGCAAUUUCAAGAAAAUAAUUUGACACUUGUUAAAGCUGCUGCUGUCAAUCGUACUCAUUGCAACCUGUUACCUGCUAUAUUAGCAAUAGAAACUGAAUCUGCAUUUAUUAUUUUUUAUGAACAAACAGCAAAAUACUCUUUGAGAGAAUGUGUAACAUACAGUCCUGCAGCAAUAUCAACAAGUUAUGCAAAACCACUCUUUCUUACAUAUCAACUACUAAGAUUAUCACGAGAUUUGCAUGAUUGUGGUCUUUUAUUAGGUGAAGUUACUUUGAGUAAUAUUUUAGUUAUGGAUAAUCUGAAUGUGCAGGUUUUGCCAAAUUUAGAAGAUAAUCUUCAUUUAAUAGAUAAUCCCAAUGAAUUUGAAAACAGCAAAUCAGAUGCAAAAGCGAAUGUAAAUAGCAAUACAAAUUUGAGUAUUAGUGAGCUGUGUGAAAUGUGGGUACAUGGCCGUUUGAGCAAUUUCGAUUAUUUAACGGCGUUGAAUAAUUUGGCUGGUAGAAGAUACGGAGAUCCUAGUUGUCAUCAUGUGAUGCCGUGGGUCACGGAUUUUUCGUCCCGGUGCGGCGGAAAUUGGAGAGAUUUCACAAAAUCAAAAUUUAGAUUAAAUAAAGGUGAUAGACAACUUGAUCUGACAUUCGAUCCGGAAUGCGCAGAAGUUGGCUAUCACGUAUCAGACGUAUUAUCAGAAAUAACUUACUAUGUUUAUUUAUCGAGACGUUAUUCGAGAUCUAUUUUAUGUAAGCACGUAAGACCUUUAUGGGUACCUGGAGAAUAUCCUGCAUCUAUUCAAAGAUUGUAUGAUUGGACUCCUGACGAAUGCAUACCGCAGUUUUUCACUGAUCCAAGCGUUUUCAAGUCCAUACACGAAGAUCUACCAGACUUAGAAAUACCAAGUUGGGCAACUUCUCCUGAAGAUUUCAUUGAAAAACAUCGCGAAUCUCUAGAAAGCUCAUACGUUUCUGAAAGACUUCAUCACUGGAUCGACUUAACAUUCGGCUACAAACUUUCAGGUCAAGCAGCUAUCAAGUCUAAAAACGUAUGUCUUCAUCUUGUCGAUAAUCACACGAAUCUGUCAAACUCUGGCGUCGUUCAGCUCUUCACUAAUCCACAUCCACAAAAAAUCAUUCAAUCGCCCUACUGGAAUAAGAUUCCACCUCGGUUGCGAAAUUUUUCCGUAGAUGAAAGAUUGGUUUCAAGCAGCGACGAGCCGAUCAGUAAAGUCGGCAAUGACGAGCAUCGCAGCUCAGGCGACGAAGAGGAGGACUCGCACGCGGUCACUGUCUCGAAUGCUACUCGAUCAUCACCACUAACUUUCAGCCGAUUGUUGAGUCGAUCCCGAAGUUCGCUGCCUCUGGUUGACGACAAUAUCAAACAGGAGAAAGUCAACGACCAGCCUAUUCUCUUGCCUAAGGAUUAUAAUCCAGCCGCGGCUUUGCUGCAGGUUGAGACAAUCCACGCGUUCAUAAACAAGGUCAGCCACAAAGCGUAUGAACCGAAAAUUUCGACAGUCGAUGGUACACCCAACCAGAGGCUUGUCAUCGCAUCGGCCAGAAUGAAAGAGCAGCAGAUUCUGGGUUGUCUGAUCGUAGAAAUAUUCUUGGCCGAAAAGUUUCGAGCCAUUUGGAAGGUCGAAAAGAUCUCGUUUUUUAGCAGAUUAAACGCGAGCUUGAAUAUCAUUAAGAAUACGCCGAACGCCUUGCCCAAGUGUGUACAGAGCGCGGUUAUGCUCUUGCUGAGGAUCGACGCGAUACCAAAGAGCUAUAACAUUGAUUUUGCGGAGUCUGGAGAUAGUGCGGGCACUGCUCCGUCAGCUCAAGCAAACGCAAACGUUUGUCGGUAUCCAACGGUGACGUAUAUGGGACUUCCACCGCCUUCAGCUCAUCAGAUUCUUCAACCAUUGCUCUCUGGAUUACUUUUUCCCUCCUCAAAGUAUCUACAAUAUCUUUAUGGAGUUGUCGAGAUGAUUCAAGAGUACAAUAAUCUGUGUCGUGAGCUGGACCAAGUCACGCAAGGUAUAGAAGAUGACGGUAAUAUGGAGAAGACGAAAAUAAUUUUUCUGUGCAAGAUCAAUGAGUGCAAAGUCAAAGCUAUCGCAAACGAACUAGAAAAACUACUGCCACACGCGGGAAUACCUACGGAAACAAGUUUGCAAUUGAUCGUGCCCCACGUGAAGCAAAUUUUUGAGCAACCUUUGAGCGCGGUACUCGCGGCUUGGCAUCUGUUUGAUCCCAUUGCGCGAGCUCUGGGGCCUCGAGAAACUGCCAGCAUAUUCCUUCAUCCAAUCAUGAAUCUCUACGAUAGAGGUUCGUUAAUGGAUAAACUGUCAUUUGCAAACACCUUGCCGGGAAACUUAGUAACAAAAUUCAAGACUGUUAGAUUGUAUCAUAGAAGCUUUUUACUAAAAUUAAUAGUCCGCCUCGGCCUGAGGUGUUUUCUAGACAAUUUUAUUACUCCUCUUGUGGAGGCUGUUGGUGGUUACAGAAAUCACUUAUCAGGAUCCUUAAAUUCCAAUCUCGAUAAAGCGGGAAUUUUGAAAGACUGUGAUUUAACUGGUAGUAGCAGUGAUGUAGACGUCAUUCUCUCGCCGCUUGACGAAGAUUCUUCCGUUGAAUCGGAACACGUACUUCUAAUGCUAAAUGAAAAUAAACUGGAUGUUGGCACAAAGAGUGAUGGUGCGUCCGACAAUAGCGAUGGAGUUUUCGUAAUGGAAACCGAGGAUACAUUCUCGCCGUCACCUAAUGUAGAGACACCUCAAAGUCUAAACUUCGACUUUAAUCUCGAGAUUGAGGACUUCAGUAGCGAAGCAAAAUCGUCAUUUUUAAGCAGCGCUAAAUCACCAAUUAUACCCAUACCAAAGACUCUUGACGUGACCGCCGGCAAAUCCGUACCGGAGUUCAACAGUAUUUGUUGCAAGGUAGGUAGUACGACGACCAGCGAAGAUUUUCCUUUUCCUGGUUCCUUAACGGAAGCGAUCAAUCCACCGAAGAGCGAACUUUGUGUCGGUGUACAAGAGGAAAACAGCAGUUCAACUGAACCGGAAUCCUUUGUGUACGUACAAAAAGAGGAUGAGGUGUCCGUGGUUAAAAAAGAAGCUAGCGAUGAUGAAAUCAUCACUAGUAAAUGUCAGCAACGACGAUUUACCUACACCGAAUGUUCGGCAUCAGAGAUGAGUGCAGAAUCGGUGAUUUGGUUGUCGCAUCGUUUGGGACCAGUUCUGACGGCUCGAUACCUUUCGCGCAAUUUACUUCGAAUGCUGACGUUGUGCUACUUUGGUAAGGAGAACUUAACGCCGAGCUUCGACAAUAGCGAUAAAUCCGACGAAUCUUUCGAGUCAAACAAACUCAGACUAUCGGGUGACGCGAAUGCCGUGAAAGUCCUGGAGUGUCUCAGCUCUAUUGUUGGUCUGUAUGGAGAGCACACCAUUGUCUUGCAGUAUUUUUCCCACAUGACGGAACUUGUAGCACAAUGCAAACGUAAACUAACUCCAAAUUUAGAGGGAGGACUAAUUUCAUGUCUCGUCCUACUUAUUCAUGUGAUCCCUUAUUUAAACGAUUCUUCGUUAAUGGAUGUUAUUCAUGAAGGAAUAGUUAAAUCAAUUCUGUUACCUACCGUCCGGAUACUAUCCACAACUAGAUUUACGUUUCCGAAUGGGGCAAUGGCUCGUUUUGUUCUAGCAAAUAAAUAUCUUGAAACCUUAUUUAUUUUAAUAGUUCGCUUGGGUAAUGUAAUGGCAAACAAUCACUUAACUACACCUAUUCAACGAUUUUUUGCCGCUUUUGAGAAAGUUUUUAACACGGAUAAGCCACAAAAUAAUGAAGAUGAUUUAAACAUUUCCAAAGACAACAAUCGUUUAAGCAGCUCACACCCAAAAUCGAGUACUGAUUUUGCUAAUACUGAGUCUUUCUCGCCGUCUACCAUAGAAGAUUCAAGUAACGUGGACUCUAAAAAAUACAAGGCAUUUGAAGAACUGAAAGAAGUAUUUUCAGCGUCGCUUGCUCACAAAGCUUAUGUAGCGUUCUAUCGUCUUUUGAGUGAUGAAAUCAUGGAUGAAUUGAUUAAAAACCAUCAGCUUAUACGCGACCUGUUUCACGAAUUCGAACAGGAACUACUUUUCCCCGCAUCAUCCAGCAUUCCAUCGGAAAAUAAAAAAUUCCUAGAUUGCAAUGCUAAAGGUUUUGGAAAAGUAUCCACGAUAGGAAAUAAAAUAAAAGUUCAGGAUUUUAUAACUACGAGGACUCAGGGAGCGGACAGCGAUUCUUCAACGGUCAGAGAAUCGAGUCCUUUCUCGUCUGCAGGUCGCCAGCUCAGAGGUAAUUGGUUGGCUUACUGGGAACACGAAAUCGGCAGAUCGGAUAAAGAUACGAAAUUCAACAUUAAGCAAAUAAAGCUUCAAACAUUUUCUGGUCACACCAACAGUGUGAGAUGCAUAUAUGGACUCGAUAACGAGAACAGUUUCAUGAGCGGGGCUCGAGAUAGAACUGUCAAAUUAUGGAGUUUGAGAAGUCAAGGCGACGGCAGCGUUGUUUCUUCUUGCCAAUACACGUAUGCAGGCCAUAAGAAGUCCAUUCUUGCAUUGACGUUUUUGGAAUCCCUUCGAUACGCCGUCACUUGCGAUGGCACUAUUCACUGUUGGGAUCCGUUUAUGGGAUCAUUCCUUGGUUGCCCAGAGUCUCCAAGAUUAACACCUGUUAAUGUGUUGGUAGCGAGUCCAGCACCUUCUACGACAAUCUUUGUCGCGACUGCAGAUAUUACUUUAAGGGUCAUAGAUUGUCGUACAUUCCAGUACGUCAAUGAAAUGAAGGUAUCCAUGAAUCCUACUGGUUUAGUCAGGUGCAUAGCAGUAGCUCCAAGUGGACAUUGGGUAGCACUUGGUCAGGCUUCUGGUUUUCUCACUAUUUUAGAUAUUCGCACUGGUUUGAUAAUUGCUUCUUGGAAAGGACACGAAUGUGAAAUACUUCAAUUAGAAGCUUUAAAUGAAACAACAAUAAUAAGCUCUUCACUGGAUCAAACUAUUGCUGUGUGGAGCGCAGUUGAUGGAAAACUAAAGUUCUACUUGAAAGGUGUAACUGAGCCAAUACAUUGUAUGGCAGUAUACGAGCAACAACUUAUAUCCGGAACAACGGCAAACCGAAUAGGCGUACAUUCGGCAGUUGAAGUAUCCGCGUCAUAUUCGUUUUCAAAACUUCGACAUGAUGCUUUCAAAGGGGUUUUAACUGCAAUGGCGCUUCUACCUCUGAACAGAUUGUUGCUACUAGGAGCUGACAAUGGCAAUAUAAACUUGAUAUGCUAAGAUAUGUGAAAAAGUUGUACAUACGUUGAAUGUAAAUAUAUAAUAGAUCAAAUUUAUUUAAUAAUAAUAAUCUAUAAAAAAAUAUUUUCAAAUAUAACGAAAUUCAAUCGA